AUGAUCACCUCCGAAACGAGCCAUAAACACAUCCUCAUCGUGGGCGCAGGACUAACGGGGCUGAUCCUGGCUCAGGCGUUGAGAUAUUUGAGUCAGACUCAGAAUGCGGCGAACAGUCAAGUGCGAUACUCGUAUUCGAUCUACGAGCGAGAUCCGUAUGCCUUCGCUCGCGGGGCAGGUUGGAGCCUCACCAUCCACUGGGCACUCACCGAUCUGCAUAACAUUCUGCCCCCAGACAUUCUGGCUAGCUUCAGCGAGUGCCUGGUCAAUCCUGGCGCUGCCGAGCAGGGCAAUCCAGGCAAAUUCCAGUUUCUCGAUCUCCGAACAGGGAAGCCGAAGGAGUCCUGGCCGAUUCCUGCCAACGCCGCCUCGCGAGUCUCCCGCGAGAAACUGCUGGCGCUGUUGAUGAGGAAUUUGGCCAUUCAGUGGUCCAAGAAACUCGCCGACAUCACUCACCCUAGUGACUCCUCGGUGACGGCGCAUUUCACCGACGGGAGCAGCGCCACGGGGGACCUGCUUGUGGGUUGCGACGGGGCGCGCUCGAUGGUCCGUCGCCUCCUUUGUCCAGCCAUCGCCAUGCCGCAUCGGCUCCCCGUGCGCCUGAUCGGGCUGCGCGUACUGUAUCCUGUGGAAAAGGUGCGCCAGCACUGCGAGCCUAUAGACGUACAUUUCUUCCAGGGCGGUGAUCCCCAGACAAAUGUGUAUUUCUGGUUCUCCUUCAUCCAUCUCCCGCGGCUCACGGAUCUGGACACCCAUGCCACCUGCCAGAUCAUGAUGAGCUGGCCCUAUCAGCCGGGAUUCCUGGGCCAGGAGACCCCGACGGAGAUGCCCGAGAGCAAUGCUGACCUCUAUGAUCUGCCACCUGAGACGGAGUUGAGGGAGAUUGUGCUCGAGGAUUGGCCGCCGAGGUUGGAUGCGUGGGAGCAUCGUAAAGGAACGGUGACGCUGGUGGGUGAUGCGGCACACGGGAUGACAAUGUGUAAGUCCGAGCUUCCCUUGGUUUAUGGGUGUAUUAUGGCUUUGGGCCGAGGAAAAGCUAACGGAGAAAACGCAGUUCGCGGAGAAGCGGCUAAUCAUGGGGUGAUUGAUGUCUCGGUGCUCAUUAGGCUUUUAACUGCUAGCACGAAGGGGGAGAGCCCGACGGAGCUGGAGGACAUCAUCCAGGAGUAUGAGUCGGAGAUGAUUCAGCGGACGCAACCUGCUGUCCUAAAGUCGAGGCAAGCGUGCAUCGACGCCAAUCAUUACGCACGAGUGCAAGGGUCCAGUCCUUUGAUUUCUAAACGAGCAAUGAAAGAUUGA